AUGUCCUUGCAGCCAGUUGCGGCCAGCAGAAAAAGCCUCUCUGCCUGGUUGGAAGACGGAGCAGGUGCAAUGGAGGUGAAAAAGCCGGGCGUCUUUCAACACUGCACAAAGAUUGUCUUGCAACAACCUAGUCUGUACACUACCUGGAUUCUAGGCACAUAUAAAGUGGUAGGCGGCUUGUGCCUUUGGCACAGGCUGUCGUACCUUCCCCCACAAGCGAGGAUCUCUCCUGAUGUUUCUGUGCCCCUAAACCUCGAAGCUCAAGAUAUCUUGCUUGACCUACCAAGGACGGGAUCAUUGGCAUCGCUGUCAUGCGGCGGGAAAUCGGUGAAGUCAGAGGCCGGGAGGGUUUGUGGAUGUGCGGAGCGGAAUGGUGGGGAGGAUUUUGGAGUAUGA